AUGACCGCAAAAUUCAUUAAUCAAGAUUUGUAUGGUGAACUUUGCUUUCUGUGUACUCAUGUGGGCACCGCCGCGGCCAAGGCGAUGCUCGCCGCCGCGAUGGUCGAAAAAGUUGCCCCGAAGUUUUUAAGUGAAGCGAUCACCUCCUCCGGCAUCGCGCGGAAGUGUGUGCAAGGGGAGGUCGUCCGUCUCAUUCUCGUGCGCGUUUCCCUAAACCAACCGGAGUACCUCGCGUGGUUGAUCAGAGUCGUCUCCGAUUAUCUCGCGAGCCACCCCGCAGAGGAGGUGCUGGCGAGCGUCGGAAAGAGCACCAUUACGGGGCAAGUGUUGACGUUUGGAUUGAAGGGCAACCUCGCCUCGGCGACCGCGACGGCGGCGAUCCAGGCGAGCAUCGAAACCUGCCGUCUACUGACCGGACGGCUACGAUGGCGGCGUCCCGCUUCUAAACGGAUCUCCUUCGCACAGUAUCGCUAUAAUAUGACGACGCUCGCGUGCACGGGUUUGGGAACGGUGGUAGGGGGAAGCGUGGGGGCGGCCCUGGGGACGAUGAUUUUGCCCGGAUUCGGAACCAUCCUCGGAUCCCUCGUGUGCUCCUGCAGCGGCGGGUGGCUUCCGGGAUACCUGAGGCACCAAAAAAGUCCCGAUCGAUAUCGCGAACAGCAUCAAAAAGAGUUGGCCAACGCACCCUCUCUGUGUAUGCGUAUCACCCAGGAUGACUUCGUCGAACUUUCCCAACGCACCACCGAUGUUUCGGUGGGAUCGAUCACAAGCCUCUCUAGCGAGGAAGCCCCUUGCCACGAUGCUGAUGAUGAUGGUGCUGUAAAUCGUGCCGCCUCUAUGGAGGAUAAUGUGUUUGCGGAGGAUACUUGCUUAUUACUACGAUCCCGUCAACCUACUGCAAAACCUUCGGGGGAUACCUCGCAGGAAAAGGAAGUGGAGAUUAAUGUCUGCGCCGACGGCUCCCCUUUCACCAUUAACGCGCCAAAGUGCAUUGCCUUGGCAGGUAAACUCGAGGACCUUGGCGAAGUCCAGGACUGGGAUGACGUAAACAAGCGAAUAAACAAGCAUGGCGAGAAUGAAAUGUUUUUGUUUUUCUCGGUGAAUAAAUAG